CGCGCCCCGCCGCCGCCCCCCGGCCCCCGCGUCGCCCCAUAGCCCGGGCCGCACCGCGCGCCGCCCGCAGCGGCCCUGAGCCCCGGUCCCCGCACGCUGCCUGGGACCCGAAGCGCAGAAGCGAGCGCGCCUGGAAGCGAGACCCAGAGAAGGAGCGGGAAGCAGAGCGCAGCCGCCGCCGGGCCCUGCGCGCCCCGGGAGCGCAGCGCGGCCCUGCCCGCCGGCUCCGGGUGUCCGCGGGGCGGCGCCGCGGAUCAUGACGGCGCCCUGGGCGGCCCUCGCCCUUCUCUGGGGAUCGCUGUGCGCCGGUUCUGGGCGUGGGGAGGCCGAGACUCGGGAGUGCAUCUACUACAACGCCAACUGGGAGCUAGAGCGCACCAACCAGAGCGGCCUGGAGCGCUGCGAGGGCGAGCAGGACAAGCGUCUGCACUGCUACGCCUCCUGGCGCAACAGCUCGGGCACGAUCGAGCUAGUGAAGAAGGGUUGCUGGCUGGAUGACUUCAACUGCUACGACAGGCAGGAGUGUGUGGCCACUGAGGAGAAUCCCCAGGUGUACUUCUGCUGCUGUGAAGGCAACUUCUGCAACGAGCGCUUCACCCACUUGCCGGAGCCCGGGGGCCCAGAAGUCACGUACGAGCCACCCCCGACAGCCCCCACCCUGCUCACGGUGCUGGCCUACUCGCUGCUGCCCAUUGGGGGCCUCUCCCUCAUUGUCCUGCUGGCCUUCUGGAUGUAUCGACAUCGCAAGCCUCCCUAUGGCCAUGUGGACAUCCACGAGGACCCCGGGCCCCCGCCCCCAUCCCCUCUGGUGGGCCUGAAGCCACUGCAGCUGCUGGAGAUCAAGGCUCGGGGUCGCUUUGGCUGCGUUUGGAAGGCUCAGCUCAUGAACGACUUUGUGGCCGUCAAGAUCUUCCCACUCCAGGACAAGCAGUCGUGGCAGAGUGAGCGGGAAAUCUUCAGCACUCCGGGCAUGAAGCAUGAGAACCUGUUGCAAUUCAUUGCUGCCGAGAAGCGAGGCACCAACCUGGAGGUGGAACUGUGGCUCAUCACAGCUUUCCACGACAAGGGCUCCCUCACGGAUUACCUCAAGGGGAACAUCAUCACGUGGAACGAACUGUGUCAUGUGGCAGAGACGAUGUCACGAGGCCUCUCGUACCUGCACGAGGAUGUGCCCUGGUGCCGUGGCGAGGGCCACAAGCCUUCUAUUGCCCACAGGGACUUCAAAAGCAAGAAUGUUCUGCUGAAGAGUGACCUCACUGCUGUGCUGGCAGACUUUGGCCUGGCCGUUCGGUUUGAGCCAGGGAAGCCUCCCGGGGACACCCAUGGGCAGGUUGGCACUAGACGGUACAUGGCCCCCGAGGUGCUGGAGGGAGCCAUCAACUUCCAGAGAGACGCCUUCCUGCGCAUCGACAUGUAUGCCAUGGGGCUGGUGCUGUGGGAGCUUGUUUCUCGUUGCAGGGCUGCAGAUGGGCCUGUGGACGAGUACAUGCUGCCCUUUGAGGAGGAGAUUGGCCAACACCCUUCCCUGGAGGAGCUGCAGGAGGUGGUUGUGCACAAGAAGAUGAGGCCCACCAUUAAGGAUCACUGGCUGAAGCACCCGGGUCUGGCCCAGCUCUGUGUGACCAUUGAGGAGUGUUGGGACCAUGAUGCAGAGGCUCGCCUCUCAGCAGGCUGCGUGGAGGAGCGGGUGUCCCUGAUCAGGAGGUCGGUCAACGGCACUACCUCGGACUGUCUAGUCUCUCUGGUGACCUCGGUCACCAAUGUGGACCUGCCCCCUAAAGAGUCCAGCAUCUAAGCCUAGGAUAUGAGUGUCUCUCCAGACUCAGUGGAUCUGAAGAAAAAAAAGGAAAAAAGUUGUGUUUUGUUUUGGAAAUCCCAUAAAACCAACAAACACAUAAAAUGCAGCUGCUAUUUUACCUUGACUUUUAUUAUUAUUAUAAUUAUUAUUAAUAA